AUGAGUCUUCAGUUAUCAGCGAAGCAACAGCUGCGCGACGCUCGUACCAGGCAAGAUGAUUGGACGGGACUAGCAGAUGCCGCCGAGCGGAGGCGACGACAGAACCGCCUGCAUCAGAGGGCCUGGCGGCGCCGCAAAGGAACACAUCAAGGAUCCAAUGCCCAGCAUGAGACAGAGAACGCACGUCCUGGCGGAACCACUCGGGAUAUGGACCCAAGUGUCCGUUCCAGGAGAGCAGAUGACACACCUCAGCUACCUCUCGUGAACUACUUGACAGCCCAUCCUCGGACGGCGGUUAUGUCACGUUUGCAGUUGAAGCCAUUCUCGUAUUGGACUGACCUCAAGGCGCGGCUAGACUCUACGCGGCGGAUCGCGCCCCUGGUGAUGAAACAUCGUUCUAUUCUAGAUCACGAGCACGAGAUCUGCCGCCGGGUGAUUCCGCCUAUGAUACCCUACCUCACUGGCGGUAGCCAAUAUGAAGACGAUGCCAUUCCGAAAUUCGCCUUCCCCCUGUCCCCAGAUCAUCAACUGAUAGUCAUGAUUCAGUACAAUGUACUGCGAGCCUCGUUGACGAACAUGGCUCUAUUAUCAAUGCUUGAGCGCUUGCCUCUUGAGUGCGGCGGUGCCUUCAACAUCGCCGACUUCCCAUCCCCACCAGACGCCAUACCCCCCUCACUGCAGCAGACAUGGAUCCAGCAGACAACACCGCAUGACCCCUGGCUGGACAUGAUCCCAUGGCCGAGAAUGCGGGACAAUCUUAUCACUCACCAAGGCACGUUUGACGAAGAUGAUCUCUGUGUGGAUAUGAACGGUGGAUUGUAUGAAGGAUACAAUGACACCGUGGUCAACGGCUUGAUUGUCUGGGGCGAGCCGUGGUCUGAGACUGGCUGGGAGGUCAGUGAGGGGUUCGCGAGGAAGUGGUCCUUCUUAGUGAGAGGUUGUAAUGUGCUGAUCGAGACAACUAACAAGUUCAGGGAAGCCAGGGGCGAAGAUAGGCUUGUGUUGGAGGUCUAA